CUCUAUUAUUUGUUUUAAUUGAGGAGAAUGGACUCCGACGAGGACAAGAGGAUUCCGUUGAGUAAGAGGCCGGAAUGGUCGGAUGUGAUUCCUGUACUGCAAGACGAAGGCUCGAAUCCUGUCGGUUCGAUCGCAUAUACAGAAGAUUUUUUGGAAACAAUAAACUACUUCAGGGCUGUUUACUUUGCUGACGAGCGUUCUCUGCGUGCUCUGCAUCUCACUACCGAAGCCAUCUGCAUGAAUCCUGGAAAUUACACUGUUUGGCAAUUUAGGCGCCGAAUACUGGAUGAGCUCAAUGCAGAUUUAUCAAGUGAAUUGUAUUUUGUUGAACAUGUUGCCAUCUCUAACUCCAAGAAUUAUCAGAUGUGGCAUCAUAGGCGAUGGCUUGCGGAGAAACUUGGAAAACAUGCCAUAAAAAGGGAGCUUGCCUUCACCAAGAAGAUUUUUGCUGCAGAUGCUAAGAAUUAUCAUGCAUGGUCCCAUAGGCAGUGGGUUCUUCAGACACUAGGUGGGUGGGAAGAUGAACUUGCUUAUUGCCAGCAGCUUCUUGAAGAUGACAUUUUUAAUAAUUCUGCUUGGAAUCAGAGAUAUUUUGUGAUCACAAGAUCACCUCUUUUGGGAGGAUUAGAGGCAAUGAGGGAAUCGGAAGUAAACUAUACUAUAAAAGCAAUAAUAUCUAACCCGGAAAAUGAAAGUCCAUGGAGAUACCUCACGGGGCUUUACAAGAACGAUGCAAGAUCAUUAGCGAACAACCCUGCUGUGUCUUUGGUAUGUCUGAAGAUUCUGAAUAUGAGUAAUAGUAAUAGUAAUAAUAAUACAAAUCCAAUAUUUGCAUUGAGCACUCUUCUGGAUCUUCUCUGCCACGGAUUCCAACCGAGCCAGGAAUUCAAAGAUGCAGUUGCUGCUUUGAAUUCAGAGUCACCAAAAGUGGAUUAUGAUUUGGUAAACAUGAUUUGUUCGACAUUGGAACGUGUGGAUCAAAUGAGAGCCAGUUACUGGCAGUGGCGCAAGAACUUGCUUUGGAUUGAGGCGAUCCCGCACCCUCAAAAACCUUCAGGAAGUGAUAAUCCAUUUGAUUUCGACAAUGAUAAUCCAUUUGAUUUUGACAACGACGAUCUUCUUGAUGAGUUAGUGCGUUCUCUGAACUCUAAUUUCAAAGCUCGUCAAGAACGCACAAUUGAUUCGGUUCAAGUUCCUGUUCAAGUUUUUCCACCAAUGGCACCAUUAAAGCGAGAUUGCACAGAUCCUCUUCAUGUUCAUCCUGGCGACAUUCCAGGAGCAAUAUUGACUCACACAGUUCUGACCCGCCAGAACUACUUUGAAUGGUCUACAAGCAUGCAAUUGGCACUUACUAUGAAAAUGAAGAUGUGUUAUAUUGAUGGAUCAUUCAUAGUUCCGAUUGUACCUCAAGAUGCCAUUCGCUGGAAAAUGAUUGAUGCAAUGGUCCGAUCAUGGAUGAUGAGCACAAUCGAUAAAAAGAAGAGAAUUAACUUUCAGAGCACAACUACCUCUUUAGAGCUAUGGAAUGAAGUGAAAGAUAUCAAGGGCCCUGAAUUAGAUGAUAUCCUUGAGCUUGGCAAACAUGUAAGAAACUUGUAUUUAUAUUCUAUAGUUACUGAUUUCCUUAAAGAUUCUAAUAGUGAUGCUGAAACUUUAUUUUUUACCUUAGAUUGUAAAACUGUGCAUUAUAGAUGUGGACACCCUUCUAAUGAAGUUCUUAGAAUACUGUUUCAUUCUCUUAUCAAUAAUAUGGAUCAUUGUGAAACUUGUCAAAUUUGUAAAUCACAUCGUUUACCUUUUCAUAAUAGCACUUCAUCUUCUAAAGACAAAUUCGAUCUUGUUCAUAUUGAUAUUUGGGGACCUUGUAAAGAAUAA